UGGAUUAUGCUGGGUGGGAAUAAGAACUACAAAAAGUUCUGGUUGGUCCAUGUAGGUCAGGAGUGAGCUUCCAGUGCGCAGUUGCAUCCUGUCAGGUCAACACUCCCAAACCUCCCUCAUUUGGAUUUGGGCUCGGUCCACCAUGCCAAGAACAUAAAUGGCUCGGAAGGGUCGCUUCCAUCGGCUGUGCGUCUUUCAUCCGUCCGGACUCUGGUUCCGGAGGCACCUUCUUCCUAAAAAAACUUUAACAGCCGCUCUUGUCUGCGCACUAUAUCUGUUUUUCUCCCAAGUGGACCUCUCUCUACGCGGCCCCAACUGGACUACAGCCGGACGGAACCAAGUCACGCCGAGGGGUGUGAUGAAUGUUGGUUUGGUGAACCAGGACUCGGCGGUUCCGAGCCGCUCCAACGUAGUCUACAUAACACUCAAAUCCAAGCGGCUGAAGCCGGCCAACAUUCGCGGCACCGUGCGACCCAAACUUCGGAGGAAAAUGAGAAGAACUACGCUUCCGCAUUCGGACUCCAAGACUGGAUUCGAAACGGAGCCUCCCGUGAGUUCUAUUCGCAUAUACAGCCGCACUCCUCCACCGUGGCUGAGCGCAAACGACGUGGGGACCAUGCGCGCUCUCGCCGGUGCCAAAGUUUUACGCGUCGAAAAACCACAAGGAGCUCCUUGGCCACUCUUGGUCUUUGAGGCAGCGCGUCCGGAGGAGCCGAAUGCGGCGUUCGGACUCGCCCUUGGCCCGGUGGACUCGGUGGAGGUGUUCGCCUUCCAUUUGGACCGAGUGCUAGGACUCAACAGAACUUUGCCGGCAGUGAGCCGAAAGUUAGCCUUCUUACACGAUGGCCAGCCUAGUCCAGUGGUGGCAUGGGAGGCAUCGCUCCACCCGGAUGGUGUGAGCCUAACAUGGACUGAGUACCAGAGGUCCCUAAAACACAGGUGUUGGGUUCAGAAUGCAGCUCCGAAGGUUGAGUCAGCCUGCUCCGCCAUCCAUCACUACGAAUGGAGCAAACUGGCACUUUUUGAUUUUCUCUUACAGAUUCACAAGCGUCUGGAUCCCAGCUGUUGUGGGUUCAAACCCAGGCAGCAAGACCGGUGCCACGAACCCAGCCGCCAUUUUGAAUGCAGGCAGCAGGACGGCAUCCGACUGGCUAAUAUGGUGCGGAGGCAUCACGACCCGCGCCACCUUGUACUCACCGUCAAUAAGGGUUACUUUGACCGCAACGAGGACAACCUGGACUUCAGGCUGCUGGAGGGGAUCAAGGAGUUGCCUGAUGGUGCCGUGACAGUGCUGAGGAGCGGUCGACUGCGGCAGAAGCUGCUGCAGUCGCUCUUCCUGGACCAGACGUACUGGGAGAGUCGAGGCGGCCGGCCCGGCAUCGACAAGCUUAUUGACGUCGUUGAGCAGAGAGCUCAUGUUCUCCUUACAUACGCCAACGCUCAUGGCAUCCGGGCCAUUGACAUGAAUGAGUGAUGGCGUGGGCACAACGGCAACUUUGAUAAUGAUGCAAUUUUGAGCAAGAUGGCAACUUGCAUCUUAUACAAAGCCACAAAACCUGUACUGUGUUCAUAAUCAUUGACUCAUUGAUUUUGACGUUCUCCCUGACUUAUUCUUGUUGUACUGCGAGUGGUGACCAACAGUAGAGGGCCAAUCCAUAUUCAUUCAUUCAUUCAUUCAUCUUCCUAACCGCUUGAUCCUCACUAGGGUCGCGGGGGGUGGUCGGAGCCUAUCCCAGCUGUCUCCGGGCAGUAGGCGGGGGACACCCUGAAUCGGUUGCCAGCCAAUCGCACGGCACACAGAGACGAACAACCAUUCGCACUCACACUCACACCAAGGGACAAUUUAGAGUGUUCAAUCAGCCUGCCAUGCAUAUUUUUGGAAUGUGGGAGGAAACCGGAGCACCCGGAGAAAACCCACGCAGGCCCGGGGAGAACAUGCAAACUCCACACAGGGAGGCCGGAGCUGGAAUCGAACCCGGUACCUCUGCACUGUGAAGCCGACGUGCUAACCACUGGACUACUGGGCUAUACUACCGCCCUCUAUAUCCAUUAUAUAGAAAACAUAUGAUGUCUCAGUGUGUUCAGGCAGUGAAAUGCGUGUCUAAGAGAAGCGUACUCUGCUGUUGUGUGCUCUGGGAGUCCGAAUGGGCUUUGCGGUUUAUUUUCUUGUGUCUGUGACAGUCAUUCAUGCGGUUGUUAUUUUAACCUCUUUGCACCCGCAUUGGCGAAUCACCAGAGUUCCAGCUCCAGCGUGUUUGUUUUACAAAACACACCAUCUAGUUCCCAUACCAACGCCUCGAUCUAUAAUAAUUAGGCUUCUGAACGUCAAUGUGGAUGCACACUUGCUCAAAUAUGAAACAGCCCUCAGUCAAGUGGAAAUUUGUUGUCAACUUGUUAUAAUUUAUACAUAUUAUUUCAGCAUCAGAAUCAUCUUUGUUGGUCUCGUAUGUAAAACACACAAGGAAUUUGUCUGCAGCAGUAUGAGCUACCCUUAUAUUGCAAUAACAAGCAAACUACGAUAAACAAAGACAUGGCUUUCAGUAUAAGUAUAGAAAGACGUUCCCUAAUGUAACUUCAACGUUUUAAAUCGUUAAAUUAAGGACUAUUCAUCGAAGUAUUAGAAGUAGAUCUCCUUACUAUUUAUUUAAAAAAAAUCAUUCACACAGUAUUUCAAACACUCCAUUCCAUGGUUUGAUGGGGGGUUUUCUGCUCAGAUUAUUUAUCCCGAAAGCACAAAUGAUUUGUCAUGAUUUGGAGGUUGGGUCUUGUCAAACUCUCAUUGCCGCUGCAUCACUAUAGCUGAUGAUGGUCUCAGAUUGAAAGGAUUGUGUUGGCGAUCGUGGUGAACAGGGUUAAUUGAGAAUAUUUUUGUCAGCACUGAGUGGACGACCAGUCACGACCAGCCAAAGCCUUUCAUACUGAGGCUGUUAGCAAUGUGACCGAAGAGCAAGGGUGGGCACAUUUUUGUCAUCACAUUAGAAUUUUUUUUCAAGGGACAGAAGGGCCAAGUCAUUUGUAGUUGAGAUAAAAAAAAAGUGUAUGUAAACAAUGUAAAACUUUAUUUUAACAAUAAAAUAAUCCACAGGUCUCAGGGUUCAAUGUUUAAUGUGAUAUGCAAUAAUUUAUUUUA